AUGGAGGUGAAAACAUUAAGAUUGAAAACAAUUCUAACUGGAAAUUUUAAUGUUGGCAAAACUUCGAUAAUAAAAAGACUUUGUUGUAACGCAUUUGAUAAAGAUAUGAAACCCACAAUAGGUGGGCCUGACACGUCGGAUGUAUACACUAGUAAUGGAACAAAAAUUGAGCUUGUGUUAUGGGAUACCGCGGGACAAGAAAAAUAUUAUUGUCUUUUUCCUGUGUUUUACAGAAAUUCCAGUAUUGUUAUAAUUGUGUAUGAUCCCAAUAAUUCGCAAUCGUUUGAAAACGUGACGUAUUGGGUCGAUUCAGUACACCAAUAUUGCGACAAAGACACAGUUAUUGUUGUUGUUUGUAACAAAAUAGAUUUGGAAAAUCAAUUAAUUACAAAGGAAAUGGCUACUCUAUUAUGUAAACAAUAUGGUGAUAUUCCACUCAUGUUUUGCUCGGCACUAAGUGGUGAUGGCGUUAAGGAAGUGUUUGAUUUUGCAGUCAACAAGUUUUACAAUACCAAAGGCGAUAAAAUGUUCGCACAAACAAAUAACACAACGAAACACCACAGCAAUGUAAGUUGUGGCAUUUUCUAA